AUCUUUUCUGAAGAAGGCAAGGUCUGCAGUGCCAGCUUCUUUAGACAUCAACAUGUCUUCCUUUGAGCAGAAAUUCGAGCAAGCGGUCAAAGAUGGUGUUUUCUCCGGCGCCAUCUUGAUGGCUAAAGAUAAGAGCGGAAAACUCGACUACGCCAAAUCUUUCGGCACCCGCUCCAUGGGCGAAAACGCCAAACCUCUCGACCUCAAUACCCCCCUCUUCCUAGCCUCCAUGACAAAACUCUUGACUUCAAUCGCCUGCAUGCAACUCAUCGAACGCGGCCUCAUCUCCCUCGACACCGACGUCAGCUCCUUCAUCCCCGAUCUCGCCGCCCAACCCAUCCUCCAUGGUUUCGACGACAAUGAUAAACCCAUCCUCUCUGAUCGCAAGAAACCAAUCUUGUUUGUGCAUUUACUCACCCACUCUGCUGGAACUGCUUAUGAUAAGAUGGUCCCUGUGUUGGAAAAAUACCGUGAUCAGCAGGGUCAACCUGAGGAUAGGGCUACAAUGACGACUAAAUGCGUGUAUCCUCUUCUCUUCGAACCAGGCACUUAUUGGUCCUAUGGCACCGGUAUCGAUUGGGCGGGCAAAGUGCUGGAAGAACUCACCAGCCAAACAUUGCAAGCAUAUAUGGAUGAUAAUAUCUUCGCUCCUCUAGGCGUGGAUAGGAUCAAAUUCACACCAUUUCUAACGGAAGAAAUGAAAAAGGAAAAAGCGACUAUUGGGUUGAGAAUUGGCGAAGAGGGCAACCUCAUCAACCUCCCCGAUACCAAAAACAUCGACUACGGAGAUGCUGAAUGUUUCGGUGGUCACGGUGGCUACGCAGAUCUAUCCCAAUAUUUCAAAAUCUUGGAAUCGUUGCUUGCCGACGAUGAAAAGUUGUUGAGCAAGGAAAGCACAAAGAUUAUGUUCUCGCCACAGCUGACGGAACAGGCGAGGAAGGGUAUCAAUCAGGUAUUUAGGAUGCCAGAGGUGGUUUCGCUGUUUGUUGGUUCUUUCCCAAAGGAGGUGGAAUAUGAUUGGGGUGUUGGUGGUGUGUUGAUUGAUAGUGAUGAUGCUGCACAGAGGAAAAGAGGGACGAUGAUUUGGAGUGGGAUGCCGAAUCUUUUCUGGUUCGUUGACAGAGAAGCUGGGGUUUGUGGGUUGUUCGGUACUCAAGUCUUCCCACCUGGAGAUAAGAAGGUUGGAGAGAUGAUUAAUCUGUUUGAGAAGGAGAUGUAUGACAGAGCUGCUGGAGCUAGUGGGGCAAAGUUGUGAGAGAAUACGUGUGUGCUAAGGGAGUCGGGUCUUCACAUAUCCUACGAAUCUUCAAGCCUUGAUCUGAUGUCCCUCCUCAUCAAACUUUUGGACUUGACCACUGAGCAAAGCAUCCUGCAAAGCCAAGCCAAUCUCUAAACUCUGUAUCCCAAUGUCCAAAGCC